AUGAGCGCUGGUUCGAAGAGUGCUGCAAGGCCCAGCAGUGGCCUGGUGGUCAAACAGGCGCCCAAGUCUGAACGGACGGCUGAGGGGAUUCUCCAGGAAAGGGAGGUCCGAAACGCCCGGGCCAAGAACAACAUGAUCCUGGCCGCCGAGGAGACAAGGAGAAGAAAGGCCAUGGCCAUGGAGGACAAUGAUACAUUCCAUGAGCCGGGCGCUGCCUUCAAGCUUCUCAGGAAAACGUCCGAGGAAGCGCCGGAAGAAGAUGAUGAGAAGGAGGAGGAAGAUGAUGGAGAUGGAGCUCCUGCAGAGGAGGUGGAUGACCAGGUCGAACCCGAAGAGGGAGAUGGAAAGAGCGGCAAGAGGGGCGGCCAAAAGGGAUCGAAGCCUUGGUGGAGCCGCUAUGGAUGGAAGUCCCGCGGAGGUGGAAAGAAAGGUACUGGGAAGGGAAAGUAUGACGACUUCGGCGGUGAGUACUGCGUGGGAGGGUACCGCGCUGUGAAUGGACAGUUCUACCCGUAUGGCCAAGGGAGGACAAGGAAGAGAACACCGGGACAGGGCAGCACGAAGGGCAAAGGGAAAGGCAAAGCCAAGUCUGACUGGAGCAUGGCAAUGAGCGCCGUAUCAGACUUGGCCAGCGUGGCCAGGGCAGUUGUGGAAGGAAAUGAGCAACUGGGUCACAGGUUCUUUGUGACGUUGGCCCCAAUGUCGGCGUUCAAAUUCAGAUUGGAAGAGAGAACUGCUCAGGGCAUCGUGGCCAUCAGAGAGAAGACCCGGGAGGUGAUGCUGGCCAAGCCUGUGGCUGGCAGUGGGCAGAUCAAGGACGACCAGACCAUGGCAGCAUUGUGGGGCAAAAUGCGACAUCAUUUGACGAACAUGAGGCUGCACACUGAGCUUGACAUCUCGGCAACCUAUCUCUCGUACAUGGAGAAGCAAGCCAAGAGCAGCAACACAAAGAUCACCACGAUGAUGGCCAAGUCCAACGAACCUGAGCCGGAACCUGCACCAAAGCCAGCUGCCAAGAGCAAUGUGUUGAAGAGAUCAGGCUCAAGUGCCGACAGUCGUGCUUGGAAAAUGACCGCUGUUGAGUUGCUAAUCAACUCACUCGAUGAGACAGCGAAGUUCCUCCAAGCACAGAAGGACCUCGACUGCUUCUCGCAGGUCCUAGAUCAGCAAUGCCAGGCGCUUCUGAGAAAGUGCCAGAUGCUACCGGCUCUUUCUGCAGGUGACGCAGCAGAUCUUAUCGACAAUGUCAAGGAGAAGUUGAGCGGGCUGGCAACGGUAAGCCCACUGGUCCUUGCGAUCAGUGCCAAAGUGCUGCAGGGAACAGCACCGGCCACGACAGAAAAGAGGAACAAACAAACCAUUACGAACUUCGCAGCGUACCUGACGCAGAAGGAUGCUGAUACCCUUCAAAACAAGCAGGUGAGCACAUACACCAAGCUGGACGCAGUGGCUGUCCGCAUGAUCCGGUUGGGGAUCGAUGUGCCAACCGAAGUCAGCGUGGGCCAUAUCCUCAAGGUGUGUGGUGACCUGGGCUUGGAGCUGGGCACGCACAAAGAGAAUUUGCAGUUGCUCGACCAGUUGAAGUCUCUCUUCAAAUCGAAAGCAAGGAAAGCCAAGCAGGAUGUCAGCAAACGAGCUCACAUUGUGAUCUACCCAGACAUGCCUUCUGAGGCCAUGAUUCAAGAGUGCUAUGAUGCUGACGAUCCUCCCCUGCAAAGGGCCACCCGUAGCGUUGGGACUUUGGGUUGCUUGAGGAAAAGCUCCAGCAAGACCAAACCUGCAGGAGCAGCUUUGGUUCCCAUGCCUGCGCCUGCCACGCUGUCGCCUACCAUGCCAUCAGGCGGUGUAGCUUCUGCCAUGCAACCAGCUAUGGCUCAACAAGCUAUGGGUUUUACGGGCAUGGAUGCGAUGACCAUGAACAUGAUGCAAAUGAUGGCAAUGUGCCUCUUUGGCCAGAACCAGCAGCAGGCACAGCAGGAUACCGGUCCUGCAGGCCUGAAGAUCUUCGCAGGCAACAAGACCGAGUUGAAUCAGGUAACUCCAAGCCGUUCACCCACUGCUCCGUCAAGUGCAGCUUCACCGCCUGCUGCUGUGACACCGCAUGGUGAGUCACAAGAAGAUUCACAAGGUCAAGAGCUGCAGCUUGCCUUGCCAGAUGUUGCGAAACUGGUGCCACCAGAAGAGCAGGUUGCCGCUGUCCAAGCAGCCACACAGGGAAGACAGGUGACAAGAGCAGAAGCCAAGGAAACAGAACCAGAGAAACGUACUUCUGCAAAGGCAAAAGCAACAUGCAAAGGCAAGGCAAAAGCCAAGAGUAAGGCAAAAGGAGCAGCCAAGAGUCCGGCAAAAGGGUCUGCCAAGAGUAUGGCACAGGGAGCUGCAGCUUCGUCCAAGAGAAAGGCAAGUGAUGGCGAUGAUGCUGUGGCCCCAUCCCCCAAGGCGAAAGCCAAACCCAGUGCAAAGGCCAAAGCAGCUGCUGAGAAAAUGGUUUUCACAGAGGCAAACCGACCGCCAGUCCCAGCGCCCAAGGCAGGCACGACUUGGUACAGAAAGGGCAAGAUUCACCGUGAUCGAGGCGUUUGCCCAUGCCAGGGUCAUCAGUUGACUCGCGCCAUGACUUCAACAAGUUCCGGCAUGAAUGUCUAUGUGGCUGCUGCUGGCCACUCCUUUGUGUCGCAGAGCGGCCUGGUGGCGGUCCUCAAGGCCGUCCGCAAGCAUGGUCUGCCAGAUGCCAUAAGCCGCCCGACCCUCAAAAGGAGACGGGCAGACGCGAUUCCACAGGAGACGCCUGUGGGCCCGUUAUGGGGCAGCAUUCAACUACUCUGUGAAGGCAACAGCCUGCUGGAGCUUCCUGUUUGCAAUCCCUAUGCCUUGCUCUAUGUCACUUUGGAAAAUUGCAGGCCAUUUCGCGAAUAUUUUGAAAGUGUGCUAGAGUCUGUGGGCAACAGCGCAGCAGCUCCGUUCAGAAUAAUUUGUUACUGCGACGAAAUCUUACCAGGCGACCAGUUAAAGGCUACAAACAUGAGGAAGAUGGUGGCUUGGUACUGGAGUAUAUUAGACUUCAAAGGGCAGUUGGGGCGGGAGGAACUAUGGUUCCAAUUGACCUGUUGCAGAACUGUCCAUGUGAAGAAGGUGCUGGGGCAAUACUCACAAAUUUGGAAACACAUAUGCAAACUCUUUCAAUCUCAACCUUUGGAUGGAAGACUUGGCAUUCAUUUGCCAUUGGGUGGAUCUUGCUCUCAUGUGUUCUUCAAGGUCCAGGUCCUUUUGGGCGACGAAGCGGCAUUGAAACAGUGUUGGAGCAACAAAGGAUCCUCCGGAACCUUCAUUUGCAUAUUUUGUCAAAAUGUCACAAACCACUUGUUGGAUUUGGCAGCUCAUGACAGGACCGGCAGACUUGUGCCAUCGUAUGUUUGUUCUUUGAACAUGUGUGCACAGCACACAGACCAAUCUAUCAACCAAGCUGCAAAGAAAUUGGUUUUGGAGAAGGGCAGGCUGGGCAAGGGAGCUUUUGAAGAUUUAGAAAAGGCACUGGGAUUGACGUUCGCGGCUGAGGGGGCACUUUAUGAUGAGAACUUUAUGAAUUCCAUUCCCGGUGCUGUCUCCAUGACAUCCUACGAUUGGAUGCACAUCUAUUUGGUUUCAGGAUUAUGGAACUCUGAAGUUUCCUUGUUGCUUGAUGUGCUCAACAAAGAGCAUGGGAUGGGAGCUCCAGCUUUAGCCGAUUUCCUGAAAACUGUCACGUGGCCCAAGAAAGUUUCCUCCAAAGGCACCACUGGUAUCAAAGUAGUCGAGAAGCACAAGGAGGGACACUUGUCCUGCUCAGCUUCUGAAGGGUUGUCUCUGUAUCCUUCAGUGCGAUGCUUCUUGCAAACCAAAGUGCCGCAGUCUAUAGCAGAGUCAGCAGCAUUUAAGGCGGUCAGGAGCUACUAUUGUUUAGCUGCAGUUUUGGACCUUCUGGUGAAGACCCGGAAAGGGGCAGUGUCACCGGAUGAACUCCAGCAAUCUAUCGAAGCUCACAUGACCACCCGUUUGGAUGCCUAUAAGGUCGUGUUGUCCCAAUACUUGGAGCUGCAGGAAUGGGAACGCAGAGGCGGCAUUGAACUCAUUGAUGCAAAGGAGGCGUCAGUUGACAUGACCAAUGGGCUGAAACAAACCCUUGGGCUGACCCUGGACCCAUCCGUAAGAGUCUUUGUAGCUUCAGAAGCUCAAUGCAACUAUGAAAGCAUGAGCCGUGGAGAUGCAGUUUGCACAUCCACACAUAUCGUUGAGAUUUGGUUUCACGUGCAAGUUGUGUCAGACAUUCAUGGCACAUCGUUUCACUCAAUCAUUUCUAAGUGGACGCCUCUGCAAGGCCACAAUCUUUUUCGAAUGACUGAUGUGCCAGAAUUAGUUCCUACUGGAAGCCUGCAAAGAGCACUUCCUUUUUGCGUGAAUUCAGGUGUGGCAACCGUGAUCCCCUGA